UACGUUACAGUCGCCUAGCAACGGCGUACGUGUACGGGUCUCCGCUAUUAUCUCGCCGGGAAACACACAGGCGGCCAGCACAAAUCAGCUCCUCGUGUCAUUUUAAUGUUUUGCUAUUUUUAAUACCAGGAAUAGCCGCAUUAUGGAAAACGCAGCAGCUGACGACGCGGGAUCGACCAACAAAGAGCAGCUCAAAACCAGCGACGUUUACCGCGUGAGCCCCACGUUACCGAAAAGAUUCCAGCAGCCGGACUGCUUUAAGGGAUACAGCGGUAAGAAAACUCACCCACUAUACAGAACUUUAAAUCAGGACUACGGGAGCAAGAGGCCAACCAUCCAUGAGAUGCCGACAAUGUUUCACGGGAAAUCCCAGAAGUUCACUAAGCCCCUGCAGCACUGUGGGAUGUACAGCAAUGAUGGACUUAAUACGUUUGCCGACAAGAGCUACAUUUCUGAAGCAGACAUUCUCAUGACGUACAAAGACCGAGUUAAAUUCCACACUUACUACAAUAUGAAAGACCCGACUAACACAGGAUAGGAAGCGACGUCCAUAGACACACGAAGUGCACGGGGUGGGAUGAGGUGACGACUGUUGUACAAUGUUGAUACCAAACCAAAUAAUUGUGAUGCAUGAAAUUAACAUUAGCUGUAUAACUGUAAAAUAGGAGUUAUUACAGACAAUCGCUAAGUACAAUAUUUAUUAAACACAAUGACGUUAAAGAACAAAACAUUACAUGAACUUUCCCUUUGUUUUAACACACCCAUUAAUACGAAUGAAACUCGAGGUUCUUGAAGACAGCUCAAGAGAAUCUGGGAUGCAUAACAACGAUAAGCUUAAUUAAUUUUCAACGGGAUCCACAAAGGCUUAGCUGAGGACUGCAAUGAGCCGAUUUCCUUUAAAGACUCAGUUCUUGUUAACCUGCAUUAUUUUGCAUGUCUGUAAAGAAAAUAAAAUAAUAUGAGUUAUCGUGGCAA